AGCGACUUCGUUCCUAGUCCGAAAAGGACACGCAAAAGGGGAAACAAUACAUACGUUUAUAAACGCAAGCGGGGGACGUCAUGUAGCGAAAAGAACAGCUGAAAACAGUGUUUAUCUGUGAAACGACGAUGCUAUCUUGGACUUUUCUAGACAUCAGCAAGCAGGUGUUAAAAACGAAAGCGCGGUUGCGGAGUUUUAGUAGUUGGAGAAGUGAGACAGAAGUUAUCAGUUGUAGUUUAUAAAUCUGAAACCUUUAGUUAACUUUCUUAACUUUAAAGCGCAACAGGUUGGAAGAUGGUAUCUUGGAUUAUAUCUGGGUCCAUCGUUCUUGUGUUUGGAACACUGUAUCCUGCAUACUACUCUUUUAAAGCAGUCAAAUCCAAGAACGUCAAAGAAUAUGUGCGAUGGAUGAUGUACUGGAUCGUGUUUGCUCUUUAUACGGUUGUGGAGGCCAUCACAGAUCUUUCUUUGGCAUGGUUCCCACUUUACUACGAGCUAAAAGUAGCAUUCGUUAUCUGGUUGCUGUCCCCCUACACCAGAGGAGCCAGCCUCAUCUACAGAAAGUUUCUACACCCAAUGCUGGCAUCCAAGGAGAGGGAAAUUGAUGAUUACAUAGUACAAGCCAAAGAGAAGAGUUAUGAGACCAUGGUGAAUUUUGGUCGUCAGGGUCUCACCAUCGCGGCCACGGCUGCCGUCACUGCCGCAGUUAAGGGGCAGGGUGCCAUCAGUGAACGUCUGAGAAGUUUCAGUAUUCCUGACCUGACACAGAUCUCAUCCGACCAAUCAGCAUUCGCCAAUCCUGGUCGACGAGCCAUACAGGCUGCUAACCUGAGCUCUGAUGGUUCUGCAGGGGAGGCGCAUGAGGAGGAAACAGAUGGAGUUUUCUCAGAAGACGAGGCAUCGGUGCAGAAGGGUCUGCGGAGAUCUCAAAGUGUGAAAAUGACACGUGCCAAAGCAGCACGCAAAGAGCCACGGUAUGGAUCUUUGAAGCUGAAACCUAGAAGGAGGCCACUGAUUACAUCAUCAACAUUUGACCAUCCUUGACCAUUUCCUGCUACACAACUACAGAUGUGGCAUGCGUGUCAAAUCAACCACUGAUUGCAGUUUAAACCUCAUUUCAAAACUGCUGAAGUUGAAAUCAUACAGUAAAUGAUCGUCAUUUUUGCAUGUUCUAACCAUUUCAACACCCAAAAACAAUUAACAGACUUAAAUGACAUUUGCAUUUAAACAUUUACUAGAAGCUUUUAUCCGAAGUGACUUGCAGUACAAAUACACAUGCACAAAAUAUAAGUAGUUUUGUUCAGUUUAGUUUAAAAGUGAAAUUUGUAAAAAAUUACCAAAGCAAACAAAAAAGACCAACACUCUCUUCUAUGCAUCUGUUAAAAGAUUAAACUGUACUAAGAAAGUAAUAAAAAUCUCAAAAGUAAUCUGAGAAAGGAUUGGAAGACAUCCAAUCAGCUUGACCUAAACCUGCCUUUAAAGAGACGGCUUAUAUUACACAAAGCCAGUGUCACUGUAGCAGAUAUCACUGCUACCCUCACUCAACCUCCAUAGGGGCAAAGGUGUCAAGGUCAGUGUAACCGUAGAUGAUGCAUUUUCAGCUUGCGUUCACAGUUAUGAAAUGAUUCAAAUUUCUGGGGAAACGGAAAAGCUGUUUAUGUAAUGCUUUAACAUCUCCCCAAAACUGCUUAUUAUGCUGUUAUUAACGGAGUGUGUGUGCAUGCACGCAUAGGCACGUCUGCAUUUUAUUGUUUACAGUUUGCUUUAAUUGCUUUGAGUCUUAAGAAGUCAAUACGUUAUGUAUUGUUUUUUAGGUCUUAACAGUAUUUGCAAAAGCUGGCUCCAAAAAACGUCCUAAUUUUAAAUGUUAUAGGGUUUUAUUUAAAUGCAUUGUGUGCAAUCGUAAAGUGAUACGUUUAGUUUAAUUGUUUUGAUAUUUGUUUCUUAUUUAGUUGUUUGUUUGGUAUUUAGUGUGUCAUGCUAGUCUUCUGCCUAUCUCAUUUUAAUAUUGAAAUACACUAAUUUACACUCCUGCUGAACCUCACAAAAUCAUGACAGGAUCGUGAGUCGAAUGUUUGUCUACAUUGCGGUUUAUUCAAGUGUAAACAGUAGGAAGGCCUUCAUGCAUCCAUUUUUGGUUUGUGUUUGAAUGUUUUUCACUCUUGUACUUGUUUGGGAAAGUCUGUUUUGAAAAGAUGCGAUCUGCUAAAUGAAGAUAACAUGUCGAUAAGGGGGUACAUUCUUAAAAAUAAAGGUUCCUUAAAAUGUAUAUAUGAGUUCUUUAAAAUCAACAUCGUGUUUAACAUUUUAGAACUGGUGGAAAGUGACCAAGUUUUUUUUAAACCUGGCCCAAUGUAUGUUAAAAAAGUUUGGUAUUGUGAGUCAUACUGUAGGCCUGGUUGCCUGGACAGCGCUUAUCCUAUUCCUAGACUAAAAUGCAUGUUUCUGCUGCCUUAUUUUAAAAUAUAUAUUGCAUAUCUUAACAUAUAUUAGUGCCAUUGUUUUGGCUCAAGAUGCACACCAGUAAUGUUUUGUGUAAGGUAUGUUUGUAAAAAACGACUUAAAUGGCCUUAUGAAACUAAGGCAUUGUCUGGGAAACUGCCCCAUAAUGUAAUUAUGAAAUAAAAAAAAUAAAA